CGGUGGCCGACGAGCGCAGUGAGGAAGAAAAGAAACGCAAUGCUAAUGCAUCGUACGGUCACGAAUGGGACAAAGGCGGAAUUGCGAUCAAGCAAUGACACUCAACCUGCCCCGAUAAUUGAGGAAGAUAUUCAAAAUCGCCACUGCAUUUUCACACUACUAUUAAAUCAUUCGCUUGCAUUCAAAUGGAGGAUUCUUUGGAUCAUCGAGAUGUUGCUCGGGCCAAAGCCUUCUGGUCCAAAGAGAAUGUAGACCAGGCGUUUGGCGUGAUGUUCAAGCACCUGGCUCACCUUCGUGAUGUCUUGAGAGCGAACACAGCAAGCGACAAAGAAAGGCUUCAGGCUUUGAAGCUCUUUGAAUUUUUGGAGAGGGCGGCUCUGUCACCUGUGGGGAACACUCCCGUGCUUCAUCAAGUCGUUGGUUCAGGUGAUGAGCGCGAGCUUCGCCACUCUCCGCCCACGCCUCCUCCUUCAGCCCGUGAAGAUCUGCCGCUGCUGCCUCCCCUGCCGCCGUACAAAAGUCACGUGUGCCGGAAGAUGUGCUUGCCGUCUCUGCCUGCCGCAUCGCCGUACUGGGCCCACGACCCGCUGAAGGUGCCUCUGCUGUGCGGGUUCAAGAGGACGGCGGCCACUCCGCUCGUGUCAUCCGGCGGGUGUCGGUGGAAAGAUAGUGAGGAUGAGGGCGAGAACGACGUAGGUCACGAGGACGUCGUUUACAGAGCUCCCUGCGGUCGCAGCCUCCAGAACUACGAUGAUGUGAUGUGCUUCUUAUUGGCCACAGACAGCUGCCACAUUUUUCAGCUGGAUAAUUUUUCCUUCAACACGGCGAUGCAGUUGGACCCUUCUACGGUCCAGGGCAGCCAACACAUCCCGGAGAUAGACCUGAGCCGCGGCUCUGAGCCCACCCCGGUGGAGCUGCUCCCGGGCCCCGGUGACUCCCAGCCAGCCGAAUUCCGCUACAGGAAGGAGCGCUGGCCGCACGGCUGCUUCCUGACCCGCGGCCCCGUCUUCGACGCGUGUUGCGAUUGCACGGACGGAUGUCUAGAUGGCCGACGCUGUGCCUGUAUUGCCAUGACACGGGCAGGGAAGCAUUACUGCUACCGGAGACUCACCCAGCCUUUGGCAUCUGGGUGGUUUGAGUGUGGGCCGUGGUGCAGCUGCGAUCGGGCUCGUUGUCAGAAUCGAGUGGUACAGAGAGGAAUCAGAGUCCGCCUGCAAGUGUUCUGGACGGAGCGCUGUGGCUGGGGCGUCCGUUGCCGUGAUGACCUGGAUGCGGGGACGUUUGUGUGUGCAUAUGCAGGUGUGAUCAUGCAGAGGGUCCUACGGUCCAUUGAGCCUCCACCCCCAAAACUCAGCAGAGUGGACUUGCCGUCAGAUGACGAGGUGGAGGUGGUGACAGAGUGGCUGGCCCCCCCUGUACUGGAGGGGAGCAACUUGCUGGAAAACCCUGACUCCCCUACUUCACCCCCACUGCACGUUCCGGUAAUUCAGAAACCCGGCGACGUCCAAGCACAUGAAAACAAAGACAAAGUGAAGAAAGCCUUGGUGACCCCAAACAAGGAUGAUGGCAACGAAAGAAGCUUGAAGACAGCCCUGAAAGCAGAAGAUGUUUAUUUGCUUGAUGCCAGAAAGGAAGGAAACGUUAGCCGCUUCCUCAAUCACAGUUGUCGGCCGAACCUUUUCAUUCAGAACGUUUUCACAGACUCGCACGACCCCGACUUCCCGAUCAUCGCAUUCUUCACCGACAGUGUGGUGAAAGCAGGCACUGAACUGACAUGGAAUUAUUCUUCGGAUGCACACGCGAUGUCGCUGGGCCAACAACAGGAAGUGCCGUGCGCGUGCGGCACGGAUGACUGCCUGGGCCGGUUCCUGGAGGAAAACCUUUGUGAAACGUGCCAGCUUGGAUUUUGUGACACUGUGGAGGCCAUCUGACCGUGCGGACUUGAUGCCCGCUUCUUACUACGUUGUUUUCUUAAUAAAGCUCACAAGUGGAGA